CACUUACUGACUGAGGCCUCUGUCAAGUGCCAGGCUGUAAGAGAACAAUAAGCAAAUGCCUUCAACAAAGACAAGACCCAUUGAAAAGUUUGCCAAGGCCACGGCCAAAUGUUCUGCAGAGGCGGCUGCAUAUGGCAAAUGUGUUGUUGCUGACUAUAAUGCGGUACACAAAGACAUGUGUGCCAAAGAAUUUAUGAAGCUUAAAGACUGUUUUCUGGCGGCCUCAAAGAAGGUUUAAUUUAACUGAACUGUAUUGGGCGGCAGAACGGAGAGUUUACUAGGCGUAUUUGGACUGGCUGAGCAUGCAUUAUGUCUGAAUGAUAAAAGACGAAAAUGUUCGUGUAAUAA